AUGACGGCGGGGAGCGGCGGGAGCGGACGGGCGAAGCGCGCGGGGGCGGGGGCGCGAGGGAGCGGGACGCCGCCGAGCGGGGCGGUGAGCAAGCCGACGGCGCGAGGGGGACGGGCGGCGGCGAAUCAGGGUGGGUUCGGGAUGGGGUACGUCGGACGAAACUCGAUGCACAUUCCGCACGGGAACACGGCGCUGAGCGUGAAGGCGGACGAGGAACGAUUGAACACGAUCACGGAUGAGAAGGAGAGAAAACGGCUCAAGCGUUUGUUGCGAAACCGCGUGUCGGCGCAGCAAGCGCGAGAACGGAAAAAGGCGUAUCUCGCGUCUUUGGAACAAACGGAGGCGCAAAAGGCGAACCGAUUGCACGAGUUGGAAAACCGCGUGACGACUCUGGAAAGAGAGAACCAAAUGCUUCGUCAAGUUAUCCAAACCGUCACUCGUCGCGCCGUGCCGCCGAACGCGUCAGACUUCCAAGUUCCGGCGAUGUGA